CGUAUCCCUCCGUCGCUACGUAAACACGUGGACCUCGCUGCUUCCAGUUUCAGGCUUCUUCACUCCGCCGUCGUCCUCGCGCUACGUACAUCUCUCCUUGACAACAGCAGCGAUGGCGGAGCCCGUAGCAUCGGAUGCGGUGGCAGCAACAAACGAAACAGCUACGGCAGCAUCCCCAACACCCGGCCUUUCUCUCGCACCAAGCCCUGGAUCGGAGCCUCCAUCCAUGGCUCUGUCUCCCACGGCAGACGGCUCCCAGCGGCUGCUGUUUUCCCACGACCUGGUUUCUGGACGUUAUCGGGGUUCAGUCCGGUAUGGCAUAGUGCGGAUGAUUCACGGAGAGGAGGAUUUUAACUCAGAUUCGGACCUCGACGAUGGCGGAGGGAGAGGUGGUGAUGGUGGCGGGGGCGGCGGCGGCGGCGCAGGAGGAGGAGGAGGACGAGUCCCGUGUGGUUCGGAUACUGAAAGUGCCGUGGACACCCCGAGUCGGCCUCUUGGCAGGGGAUUUGUCCGCGUGCAGUGGUACCCUGAAGGAGCCAAGCAGGACAUCAGAGAGACAAAGCUAAAACUUGAAGACCGAUCUAUUGUCAUUAGAGACAUCGUACGAAGGAACAAUUCUGCUGACAACCAGUGUGGCAUUGUGACUAACAUUGACAUCGAGUGUGCUGUGAAGUUCGUGGGAACUAAUUGUGUGCUGUACCCAGUGAACAGCAAAGACCUGCAGCACAUAUGGUCUUUUAUGUAUGGCGACUACAUCGCCUAUGACUUCUGGCUGGGCAAAGUCUACGACCUGACCAAUCACAUCAUCCUCAAGCUUUCUAAUGGAGCCAGAUGCUCCAUGAGUGUGGAAGACGGUGCCAAGCUUUAUGACGUCUGUCCACAUGUCAGUGACUCGGGUUUGUUCUUUGAUGAGGCCUACGGCUUCUACCCAGGCCAGGUCCUGAUUGGUCCAGCUAAGGUCUUCUCUAAUGUACAGUGGCUGUCAGGGGUCAAACCUGUCCUAAGUAGGAAGUGCAAGUUUAGGGUGGUGGUGGAAGAGGUGAAAGUGGUGGAACUGAAAGUGACCUGGAUCACCAAGAGCUACUCUCCUAAGGGCUCUGACAGCGUGUAUCCACCGCCCUCCACCAUCACACAGGAAAAUCUUCACAGGGUGAGGCGCCUGGGCUACUAUGACCACACCCAAAGGGAGCUGGGAGAAAGGGCUCUGUACAUCAUCCCUGCCAAAGGUAGCGCGACAUGCAUGGUGUGCGAUGGACCCGAAGGGGCCCAUUUUCUACCAGAGGACCCUAUUGCCAGAAAGCUAAAACGGGUUUUCAAAAAGGACUCUGGAAGGAAGACGGAACAUGCUGACUGUCAAGGUGAGCACAAAACGGAGCAGACAGACUCGUCUCAUCUCAACAAUGGCCCGUUGAUGUCGGUGCCGAACCCCAUUGACUCCAAGAGCACCAACGACAGCAUGGCUGAACACGUGGAGCAGGAUGCAGACGACGAAGGUGCAGAGGAUACUGAUGACACCAGCUCUCUUACGUCAUCAGCCAGCUCCACUGCCUCCUCCCAGAGCGGCGGCCUGGGAACCAACCGCAAGAAGAGCAUCCCGCUCUCCAUCCGCAACCUGAAGAGGAAGCACAAAAAGAAGAGGACCAAGUUCUCUCGCGAGUUCAAGCGUGGAGACCGGGUGGCAGUAGAAGUUGUAUCAACGAAGACCACAGCUGAUGUGAUGUGGAAGGAUGGGCGGGUUGAGAAGGGGAUCAGGUCAAAUGACCUCAUCCCCAUCCAGCACCUGGACAGCCAUGAGUUUUGCCCCGGAGACUUUGUGGUAGACAAACGACCCCAAGCCCUGCAGGAUCCAGGAGUAUACGGCGUGAUCCAGUCUGGCGAUCACAAGGGCAGAACAUGUGUUGUUAGGUGGAUCAAACUGAACUCCACAGGUGAUGAUGUGGAGGUUAUUCGUGUGGAGGAGGACGUCAGUGUGUACGACAUCGCAGAUCAUCCAGAUUUCCAUUUCCGCACGGCGGACAUUGUCAUUAGGAUAUGGAACUCUGAGAACGGACAGAACGACUGUGAGAAUGAGACAUCAGUCGGCCAGGUGUCCCGGGUGGAUGUGAGCAGUAAAGUGGAGGUUGUGUGGGCCGACAACUCAAAAACCAUCGUCCUACCACAACACCUCUACAAUGUAGAGUCUGAGAUUGAGGAGACAGACUAUGACUCUGUGGAGGAGACGAGCAGCGUCCUGUCCACAGAGGAGUGGGAGGACGAGAGCGACAGCUGGGAGACGGACAAUGGUGUGACCACUGAGGACGACAGCCAUGCCAACAACACAGAUGCCACCUACACGGUGACUCCAACCCCCACACCCACUGGGUCCUCACUGUUCAUCAUCCCACCACAGGAGGGCAGCAAGGCUGAUGUGACGAGUCCCACCAAAGGAGCCUUUGGAGAGGAGGGAGAGGCAUCUGUGGCUGUGGCCAGUCCUACAUCUGGAGGAGGAACGACUCCAGGAGGAACAGUAAACGGAGCAGAGAAGCCCAACAAGGAUGGUGCCUCUCGAGGCUUCAGAGAGCUGAAAGAAGCGCUGAAGAUUCUGGAGAGCUUAAAGAAUAUGACGGUGGAGCAGCUGUGGACAGGCGGGUCACCAACCUCCCCAACGUCUGCAGAGCCAGCUUCCACCGCCAACGUAGCGAGUUCAUUGACGCCAGCAGCACCUGAAAAACCCACCAAGGAGAAACGCUUCCUGGACGACAUCAAAAAGCUGCAGGAGAACCUUAGGAAGACCCUGGACAACGUGGCCAUCGUGGAGGAGGAGAAGAUGGAAGCUGUGGUGGAGACGGUUGGGAGCGCAGGCGCGGGAAUGGAGGCUGAGAGAGGUGGAGAAGAAAAGCCCCAGCAGGAGCCGCAGACACCGGUUGGUGGGCAGGAGUGGCCCAGUGAGUUUCUCAGUGACACACCAGUGCUGUGCCAACAGAGCGGAGGGAAGCCUGGAGUGACAUUUACCAGCGCCAAGGGAGAGGUGUUCUCAGUGCUCGAGUGGGCACCGGACACUCAUUCCUUUAAGAAAAUGGAGUUCCAGCCAGCAGAGGCUAAGAGGUUUUUCAGCACUGUAAGAAAAGAAAUGGCCUUGCUGGCUACAUCACUGCCUGAUGGGAUCAUGGUAAAAACGUUUGAGGACCGCAUGGACCUGUUUUCAGCGCUGAUCAAGGGGCCGACUCGGACCCCCUACGAGGACGGGCUCUUCCUGUUCGACAUCCAGCUGCCCAACAUCUACCCAGCUGUUCCACCGCUGUUUCGCUACCUCUCCCAGUGCAGCGGCCGCCUCAACCCCAACCUGUACGACAACGGCAAGGUCUGCGUCAGCCUGCUGGGCACCUGGAUCGGCAAGGGAACCGAGAGAUGGACCAGCAAGUCGAGCCUGCUGCAGGUGCUCAUCUCCAUUCAAGGUCUCAUCCUGGUCAACGAGCCGUACUAUAACGAGGCCGGCUUCGACAGUGACCGGGGUCUGCAGGAGGGCUACGAGAACAGCCGCUGCUACAAUGAGAUGGCUCUGAUCAAGAUGGUCCAGUCCAUGGCGCAGCUCCUCCAGAACCCUGUGGAGGUUUUCAACCAGGAGAUCCAGCAGCAUUUUGUUUCUAAUGGCUGGCGCCUCGUUCAUCGCCUGGAAGCGUGGCUAGAGUUGAACGAAGCUGCCGAGCGAGUCCAUGUGCCACACUACUCCAGCAGCUACCACUCCAAGAACGAGCAGCUGGUGGCGGUGGCCCACAGCAGCCCCAGCAAGCCUGGCGAGGAGGGGGUUUCAGGAGUUAGCAGUAUUCUGGAGGAGGAGCUGGAGGAUUCAGGACUGAGUCCCUCCACGACAGCAGCCUCUCAGCAGGAGCUGAGCCAGAACUCGGACUGCGACAGCACUCAAGGGAGCGCCCCUCCGGGCGGAGAUUUUGCUGGCUCCACAGGCCCUGGCUCUGUAGUCCGCAGCGGGAUGUCAGAUUCAGGUCCCAGCACACCUGGUUUAGGAGCGGGGAGCUCCUCAGGGAGCCAGCCAGUGGUGCGACCAAAGAAAAGAAGAAAGAGCUACCGAAGUUUUCUCCCAGAGGGCAGUGGCUACCCAGAUAUCGGCUUUCCGCUCUUCCCGCUCUCCAAGGGCUUCGUGAAGAGCGUUAGAGGUGUGCUGCAGCAUUACCGAGCUACACUGGCUGCUGCCGGUGUUGCGGAGCACACAGAGGACAAUUACCCCUCAGAUGAGUGUGAUGGCUAAAACACACACAGUGGAAAGCCACAUCUGUCUUGACAGCAGGUAAAAACAAUGGGCUUCAACCAGAGCUGGUGGUGUUAAAACCAGUACCCUUCUGUCACCUGUCUAACCUUUAACUGGUUUCACGUACUGGGUGGGACAUCACUGAGUUACCAUGCUGCUGGGAAACCCAGCUUCUACAGGCUGCUGGGGGAACUGCAGCUCUCUGUAGCAUUCCUGACAUCACAGCUGCAUCAUCCCGCACCACCAGGACAUGAAUGAAACUGAGGUCCAAUCUGGGAAAAGCACUAAGCUUUCACUGGCUGGAAGCCUUCUGCCAAAUUCCUUCAGCCUCAGCUGCUUCACUCACUCCGUCAUCGUUCCUGCUGUUUUCCUCGGCCAAUCUCUCACACUGAAGCACGCGGCGAACAGCAAACGACAAUGUUUACAUGCAGACCACCUGAACAGGGAGGACCGCUGCAGAAGUGAGCCCUUAACAGGGCUGGAAUGUUGUGCUUUGAUUUGUGGGGCGUUUGAAGCGGAAAUGUUUUUAGAGUGAAGGUUGCAUUACAUCACCGCAUAUGACAUAAUUAAAAAAGUUAAAAAACAGCAUCCAUUCCAUUAUCUCAUGUCAACAUGUUGCCUUACUUGAAUAGUUCCUGAUGAACUCAGAUGUUGUCCACAGUUCUGCUCGUGUUGCUGUGCUUGCACUCCCACUGUCACAGACUCGCACUCAAAACCACUCAAAUCUUCAGUGAUUUCCCAUGAUUCUUCUGGCUCUCACCGCACUUCAUGCUGAGGGUUGAUUUAGUUCUUCUUGAUUGGACAUGCAGUUAAACAACACAACACAAACACUGAAGGUGGGCUUCUUUUACUGUGACUACAUCGUUUUUCCCGGGUAGAGAGCAACGGACGGAAAUUGGAGCAAAAAGAUGAGCUUAAAACUCAUCUUUCCUGCCUUUUUUUUUUUUUUUUACCAACUUGACCACCAAAACAAAUGCUUUGCCUCUGAAUGUGUUGUGAACUGAUGUUUGGGUGCUUCCUGGGGGAAUCAGCAGUCUUUGUUUACAUCUUUAUAGAUUACAUCUUACAUUUGAACCCUCCCCCCAUAAUCUGUAACAAACCGUGUGCUUGCUAUGAUCUGACAUGAACCAGAGAGCGUUGGCCCUCUGAUGUUGUACUUGAACUACAGACUUUGAUGCUGAGAAGUGUUUUUGAUAAAGAGCACACUGUGCUCUUUUGGACCUCUGAGAAUAACUAUGAGCCAAGAGCUGCUGCAUUUUAAAAUAAAUAAAAAGAUGAAUGAGUGUGUGUUUUUGCAUCGUCUUCUGUGGUUUCCCUUUGUGUCCCUUAAAUCCAUCAUUCCGCUCCCGGAUGUGUCCUUGUCCUCUCUGGGUUUUUACUUUUGUCACCGUUUGUCUGCCCAUAACGCUGACGGCGAAGGCGGGGCUGAAGCUGCAGCCCUGAGCUUGGAAACUAACAAAAUAAGUACACAGCUCGAUCAAAUCUUUUCACCCUCUUCUUCCCAUGAACGAACAGAAAAUGUGAAGCUACAAGUUGAAGUCCGGCAGGACGUCGAGCCUGUGUAAAAUGUCCUGUGCGUGUAUAUUGUUCCGAUUUAAACCAUUCUUCUUAUUUUUACUGCAAGCAGUUUGAUUUCCAGCCAAAGCAUGUAACAUGUUUCUUUAAGUCUCUUUGAAGGAGCUCCACAAAGAACUUGACUGUACGAUGUCUGCAUUUCCACAGUGGCCUGAUGUUGAUAUAUUAAAAAAAACUAAUAAAGUUAUCAUUUGUAGCCUGAUUCUCUGUACAGACAUGAAUCUAUUGAAAUAUACAGGUACAUACAGUAUAUAUUUAACAUAAACUGGGGUUCUGAUAGGUCACCUGGCGGCCUGGGUCAUAUAUGUACAUACUGCUGAGUGUACUGUACUAAACAUUUCUUCUUUUUUUAAUGGUUUACUUUGUUGCUUUGAGACGACUGUAUAGUGAUGUAUUAAACUUUGCAAGCAGUACCAUAAAA